AUGGGAGAGGACCUCAACGGACUCGUCAUGAAGAUGAGGGCCUUAGCCACCCGUAAUGGCAAUGACAGCCAUGAUGAGCUUGCCCGAGCAGCGUUUGGGAGGGCGAUGAGGGACAAACACUUCCUCUUCGCGGAAGACUAUACCAAUCUCAAUCACGGCUCCUUUGGCGGCUAUCCUCGCUCGGUCCAGCGAGCCUUGCGCCACUAUCAAGAAACAGCAGAGGCGGAACCUGACAAGUUCAUCCGCUACACGUACCCUCCGCUGCUGCGGAAGAGUCGCACUCUGCUCGCCGAUAUGCUUCAUUGUCCUGUCGAUGAGCUGGUCCUGUGCUCCAAUGCCACGACCGCCACGAACACGGUACUCCAGAACCUGCGGUGGGAGGAGGGCGACAAAAUCGUGUAUACUUCCGGCGUUUAUGGGGCACUGGAGAAAACAAUUGACUAUGUCGUCGACACAACUCCGGCCGAGAGCGUAAGGGUCGAGUUGGACCUACCUCAGAGCGACGACAAGAUUGUGGAGCUCUUCCACAAGACUUUGACCGAGGAAAAACUCAAGUGCGAGAGAGCUGGCAAAGGACGAGUUCGGGUAGGCGUCUUCGACACGGUGGUCAGCAUGCCUGGUUUGCGAAUGCCAUUUGAGAGGCUCGUACAGCUCUGCCGACAAGAAGGUGUGCUGAGCAUUGUAGAUGCUGCGCAUGGAGUGGGACAUAUUACCCUCAACCUCACCGAGCUGGACCCGGACUUUCUGGUCACCAACUGCCACAAGUGGCUCUUCGUACCCAGGUCGGUUGCGGCUUUAUUCGUCCCUAAAAGGAACCAGCACUUGAUUCGGACGACGCUCCCAACAUCCCAUGGGUACCAAUCCCAGAGACGCAGCCAGUCACAUGAUCCGAUGCCUACCUCGGAAGAAACGAAUCCCAUGGUGAAACAGUUUGAGUACUAUGGAACGAUUGAUGGCGCCCCUUACUGUUGCGUCGAGGAAGCAAUCCGUUUCCGCAACGAGGUGUGUGGCGGCGAAUCAGCCAUCCAAGAAUAUUGCACCUCUCUUGCAAAGAAAGCGGAAGAGAUCCUCGUGGAAACUCUGGGGACGGAGGCAUUUGACAUACCAGAGACACACAGAGUUUUCUUUGCGCACGUGCGACUGCCCAUCUCGGUUGGAGAAGGGGCUGAAUACGAUAUGUCCUUGAAAGACGUCCCGGCCAUGACUCAGUUCAUGAACAAGGAGCUUGGGGAAAGAUACAGAACCUUCUUUUACGUGCUGUUCUAUCGAGGAGCCUGGUGGAUCCGCCUGUCGGCCACAGUCUAUGUUGAUCUCGAGGAUUGCAAGUAUGCGGCCUUUGUCUUGAAAGACUUGAGCGAAAGAAUUUGCAGAAAGGAGUUUUAG